UUUCAGAUUCUGUGUAGCCUUUAAAAGCUCUGAAUUUAUUGAGGGUAGACGAAAAGAAACGUGAAUUGGCUCCGGGCCCGUAUGUGACUUAACUAAGAACAGCAGAAUAUGAGAUAGAACUGAGUUAAUGUCGAAAAAUGAAGAACCGAGUUGGUCACGGGAUAGAUCAUAAACUCAAGCAAAGAGUGGAGCAGUACCUCAGUUCAAAGACCAGCCAAUAUGUGGAUCUUGCAGAUAUGGCUGCAGAUCUUCAGAGACAGUACAGACUUGAUUAUGGUCGUCGAAACAGAACAGCCUUCAGGAUUCAGGUGGAAAAAGUGCAUAGUGUAAUAUGCAGUGAGUCUGGACUCUCAUCCUUUGAGGACAAACACUUGGCCAAGAGAGCAAGGCAUGCUCAGGAGGAAGACGAGGGUGAUAGCAGCAUCACAGAAGACACCUCAGACAGUGAAUCAGACAUUCCUGAACAUCAGCACACAAACCACAUGAACAACUCGCUAUUAUCCCUGUACCGCAAAGGGAACCCUGAGAGUGGGACUCCGGUCAAAGAACAGGCAGCCAAGAGCCCUAAUCCAGCAGGCCCCAGAGAUCAGCCAUCUAGCAAUGCCAAUGCAGCAAGCACCCCUCACAGCUCCGGCACCGUGGUGUCAGGAGGCGGCUGGUUCAUCGAUAAGGAAGGAGACAAAGAGCCAAAGAACAUACUGAUUGACCUGUGUGAAGAUGACCCAGCCAGCCCGGCCGACAAUAAGCUGACGGAUGUAUCGAUGCUGGAGUCUGUGAAGAAGUCAAAGAAAAGCAGGCUGAAAAAAGGAAAGCGGAGGACUCAAGGGGAGGCAGAGGGAAAUGACGCUGACAUUGAGGCUCACAUCAUGGAGAAGAAAGCCAGAAAAAAGGGUCCUGAACUUCAGCACUCUACUGUGAAAUUUGAGGAUGUGGGUGGUAAUGAAGAAACCCUAACGGAGGUGUGUAAGUUGCUGAUCCACAUGCGGCACCCGGAGGUGUACCAGCAGCUGGGGGUCAUGCCCCCGCGAGGAUUCCUCCUCCAUGGGCCUCCAGGGUGUGGGAAGACACUACUCGCACAGGCUGUAGCUGGGGAGAUGGAGCUGCCCAUGCUGAAGGUGUCUGCUCCAGAGCUGGUUUCAGGUGUCUCUGGAGAGUCAGAGCAGAAGCUCCGUGAGCUUUUUGAACAGGCUGUGAGCAGUGCCCCCUGCAUUCUGUUCAUUGACGAGAUCGACGCCAUUACUCCAAAGAGAGAGGUUGCUUCCAAGGACAUGGAGAGACGUAUUGUCGCCCAGUUACUCACCUGCAUGGAUGAUCUGAAUUCUCUGUCCAUCACGGCGCAGGUUUUGGUUAUCGGGGCUACCAAUCGGCCGGACUCUUUGGAUCCGGCCCUGCGCAGGGCUGGGCGGUUUGACCGGGAGAUUUGCCUGGGCAUACCUGAUGAGGGGGCACGGUUCAGAAUACUGAAGACCCUUUGUCGGAAGCUCACCUUGCCCGAGGACUUUGACUUCCAGCAGCUGGCACGGCUUACGCCAGGGUUCGUGGGCGCAGAUCUGAUGGCACUGUGCCGAGAGGCUGCCAUGUGUGCCGUCAACAGGAUACUGCUUCAGAUGCUUCAGCCUGGCACACUGGUGCCAUCCUCCACGGAAGCACCAGACGUCAAACAGUCAGGGGCAGCUCCAGAGAGCCAAGCGUCAAAUCAGGGGGAGCUGUUGCAGUUGUUGUCCCUUUUGAAACGGAGUGAGUCUCUGAGUGAGGAGCAGCUGGCUGGCCUCUGCAUCCUCAUGUCGGACUUUCAGGCAUCUCUGUCCAGCGUUCAGCCUUCAGCCAAGCGCGAGGGCUUUGCCACCGUGCCUGACGUGACCUGGGAUGACGUGGGGGCUUUGCAGGACAUUCGAGAGGAGCUCACCAUGGCCAUUUUGGCCCCUGUUCGCAACCCUGAACAUUUCAGGGCUCUGGGUCUGACUGCCCCUGCAGGGGUGCUGCUGGCAGGACCUCCUGGCUGUGGGAAAACCUUGCUGGCCAAAGCUGUAGCCAAUGAGUCUGGGUUAAACUUCAUCUCUGUCAAGGGCCCAGAAUUACUGAACAUGUAUGUGGGAGAGAGCGAGCGGGCUGUCAGACAGGUGUUCCAGAGAGGCCAAAACUCCGCCCCCUGUGUCAUCUUUUUUGAUGAGAUUGAUGCACUGUGUCCUCGACGCUCUGGUCACGAUUCAGGGGCCAGCGUUCGCAUUGUUAAUCAGCUUCUCACCGAGAUGGACGGGCUAGAGAGUAGACGGCAAGUUUUCAUCAUGGCAGCUACCAAUCGGCCCGAUAUUAUAGACCCUGCGGUUCUCAGACCUGGACGUUUGGAUAAAACUCUGUAUGUUGGAUUGCCACCUCCGGCGGACAGACAUGCUAUUUUGGUCACCAUCACAAAGGGUGGCACUAAACCUCUGUUAGAAGCGGAUGUAAAUUUAGAAGAAAUUGCCUUUGAUGCACGCUGCGACUGUUUCACUGGUGCUGAUUUGUCUGCUCUGGUGAGGGAGGCCUCAGUUAAUGCUUUGAGAGCCAACCUGUACUCACACUCUGCCUUCAGCUACACAGGUAAACAUCAUCACAAAUUGAAAAACAUUCGGGUUAGUAGACAGAACUUUGAAGAUGCUUUCAAGAAGGUCCAACCCUCUGUUUCCAAAAAGGACCAGCACACGUAUGAAUCACUCAGAAAAUCUCUGACCAGAUAGGAAAAGCUUGCUGGUGUUGGCCAAAGUGUUUCCAGAGUCAAGGAAUAAAACAUCCUUCUACAGUGAACCAUGAGGGAAUCCUAAAAACAAAAAAAACC